UUUCGCUGUUCGAGGAAAUAACACUGAAUGGGAUUGUGUUUUUCGCAUUAACCCAAGGAUUUUGUUUGAUAAUCAAGGCAUUUAUUUCAAGAAAAAAUUUGGAUUUCAAGGCGUUUUUGGAGGUGAUUGUGAUUUUACUUUUUUUCAUUUGAAGUCAAGCGCACUGGCACUCGUCUUAAUCCUUGGGAUUGCAGCCUUCCUAUUCACUGCAAACUGAUUUUAUCAAUGUUUACGCACAAAAUGGACGACUACGUUUAACUAUCGAAGUUAGAAUAACCUCUAAUUUCAGGACCUAAAGGAGGAAUGGAUUUACUCGGAGGAAAACCCAUGCAAAAGAGCAACUAUGCAUAAGUACCCUCCAAAACUUUCAGAGGAGAGAUGGAAAAACAGCCUCAUUUGGCACGAUGCGUCCAACUCAAACAAACUAUUAGGAUGGGUACGUGUGGUUCUCGUGAUGCUCUGCGUUUGCAAACUUCCAGAACUUUCUCUGUGCGCAAGUGUGGCAGCAUCCAAAGUUGAACACGAAGGGUUUUGUCCCAAUAAACUGAAUUCCAAUCUGUGGGUUGAUGCGCAAAGCACCUGCGAGAGAGAAUGCAACGUCGACGAGGUGAUCUUUUCUGUUAUUAAUUAUUAUUUGAGGUUGUUUUGUCGUAAUUCAUCUAGUUCUAAUUGUUUUUCGUGUCUGCGUGUGUGUAGGACUGUGCUAGCUUUGAGAAGUGCUGCACCAACGUGUGUGGCCUCAACAGCUGUGUGGCUGCACGUUUCUCUGAUGGCACCCCUGCCCAGCCAGACGGCCAGGGUGGAGGAGAAGGAGGCGAUGCCCCCACCUCCACGGCUACCUGUGAGGGCUUCAUCUGCAGCCAACAGGGAGCAAUCUGUGACAUCUGGGAUGGACAGCCUAUCUGCAAGUGCCAGGACCGCUGUGAGAAAGAGCCCAACUUCACCUGUGCUUCUGAUGGCCUCACCUACUUCAACCGCUGCUACAUGGACGCUGAGGCGUGCAUCAGAGGGGUGACUUUGACCGUGGUCACCUGCCGCUUCUACCUAGCUGGGCCCAACACCAGUCCACUUCCACAGGACACCACAGUUAACCCUACCCCUACAUCCUCACAGGAGGAGCCCUUACCCCCCACACUGUACUCCAACCCUCACCAUCAGUCCAUCUAUGUGGGGGGCACUGUGAGUUUCCACUGUGAUGUUAUAGGCGUCCCCAGACCGGAUGUGACCUGGGAGAAACAGAGUGAGAGGCGUGAACGUCUGGUCAUGAGGCCUGACCAGAUGUAUGGCAACGUGGUCAUCACCAACAUCGGCCAGCUUGUGAUUUACAAUGCUCAGGUGUGGGAUACAGGUAUCUACACCUGCAUCGCUAGGAACUCUGUCGGAGUUCUUCGUGCAGACUAUCCAUUGUCUGUCAUCCGGCGAGCUGAUGAUGAUUUCUCUGAAGACCCUGAGAUGCCCAUGGGGCGGCCGUUCUCCCCAGCAGACUGUCUGGCUGAAGUCGAUGUGAGAGUGUGCAGUAGUGAGCGCCAUGUUGAUUGGUACUAUGACAGUAAGUUUGGUUCCUGCAUGGCCUUCAGCAAUGGUGGAUGUGAUGAUAGCCGCAAUCGAUUCGAGACUUUUGAAGAGUGCAAGGCAUCCUGUCAAAGAGAGGGGAUGGGGAUAUGCUCUCUGCCUGCAGUCCAGGGCCCCUGCAAGGCUUGGGAGCCACGCUGGGCCUGGAACUCCAUCAUGAAACAGUGUCAAGCUUUUGCUUAUGGUGGCUGCCAUGGGAACGCCAACAGCUUUCCCACCAAGAAGGAGUGUGAGGCAAACUGCCCUCAAGCUAAAAAGAAACCCUGUAAGACAUGUCGGGUCAAAGGGAAAAUGGUGCCAAGCUUAUGUCGGAGUGACUUUGCCAUUGUGGGGCGACUGACGGAGCUGGUUGAGGAUCUGGACUCUGGGUUAGCCCGCUUCAGCCUGGAGGAGGUCCUGAGGGAUGAAAAGAUGGGCUUGACUUUCUUCAACACCAAACACCUUGAAGUGACUAUUGCCAAGAUAGACUGGAGCUGUCCCUGCCCAAACAUCACAGUGGAGGAGAACCCUUUGCUAGUAAUGGGUGUCGUGCAGGAUGGCAUGGCCAUCAUUCAGUCAGACAGCUACGUGAGAGCUAUAACUGAACGCAGACUCAAAAAGCUACAAGAGGCUCUGGGUAAAAAGACAUGUGAGACAUUGUAAAAGUCCAUGGCUUCAUACUUGCGCUCACCUUUACUUGUAGGACUGGCAAUAAGUAGCUAAACCCCACCACAGUUAAAGCUUAUACAGGCAGAACUUAACAGAAAUAUAUACAGCGUAUGCUGAUGAAGCAAUGGAAGGUAGUUUGUACAUACAGUUCAGAUUCAUCACACCCACUGAUUACUUUACCAUCCAAAUGGUCUGUGAGUCCUGCUGAAAUGCUCUUUUUCAAUAUAUAGUUUUCUUUGUAGGUCUGUAUGCUUGUAUUCUGAAAGUAAAAUAUACAGAAUAGCAACAACACAAGCUGACAAACUUCCCUAGGUUGUGGUGCUCACAAAAUGGACAUCUACAUCAUAAAGUCUAUGGUUUUUUUGUAUAAUGUGUACUUUGUAAUUUGGCUUGCAUUUAGUUAUUUUCUUCAGUGUUUUACAUAGUGUUCUUCCUGUAUAUGACUAAAACACCAGUUUAGAAAUAUCACCCUCUGCUAAGCACUUCUGCUGACUGACUUUAACUGACAGUGUCCAAACUGAAUAAAAUGUCAAGUAAAAUGUGUUGGUGGGUGCAUCAAAGAAAUCAUACCACACAGACAACGUAUGUACAGGAUACAAGCAUUAUUAAGUUUACUAAAGUGUGCAAUUCAGGAGUACGCUAUAUAAGUGAUUACAUAAUUUCAGUCUCAA